AGCUCCAGCAAUGCCUGCUUCCAGAUCCAAGCGUCGUGCUCCUGCCCAACGCAAGAAACCAGCGCCUCUCCCGCCCAAGCACACCACGACCGAGAAGGAGGAGUGUCCUGUCAUCGUCAUCGACGACUCGGAUGCAGAAUCCGACAUCACCUGCGACAUCGAUCCAUCGGAGGUCGUCCCGGGAACGCCAGUGUCGCUCGCCGGUCUUAUGGUCGAGCAAAGCGUAUGUGCUUUGACCUCUGUGCAGCAACCAGCUCCCAGGGCAAUGAAGAAUCGUCGCCAGGCGGUUCCGAAGCCCGCCGGUGCAACGAUCUUUCGUGGGCAUCCACUUCUCGAGCCCUAUCCUCAAACCAAUGCGGAUGGAACGGUGAACCCGAUCAUCGUCUUGGAUUCCUCUCAACGACAGCUUCAGUGUACACCCCUUGGCCGACUUCACAAGAUCACCCUCGGGAAUGGCCAAAUAUUCUGCGAUGCUCGAGAGGUCAUUGCACUAUCCGACGACAAAAUGUUCGAUGGCUAUGAUCCCGAUGGUAUUGAGGAUUAUGCCUCUGUAGCCUCGUCGAUUCGACGUAAAUGGGCAGAGACCCUCCAUUUCGUUCCUGCCGCGUAUGUCAAGUUCAAAGGCUUGGCAAACCCCCUCCCCUUCGUGGACGAUCGUGGGUAUAUUCAGAUUUUGCGCUGUGGCAGAGGUGAAAGAUGCAAGGCGCUGAAAGGGAAGUUCGAUACGCUCAUUGGCGAGGUUUUUGGGCGAUCUCGCAAAGUGCUCGAGUACCUCCAGUCUGACGACCAUGGAGAUGACAACUGCGAGGACGAGGCUGCUAUUUUUGUGACUGGAGUGAGGUCUCGCCAAUAAAAAUUCUCGUAUUUCAUGA